AUGAACAUGCCUGUGGAAUGUGUCAAAGAUGUCCUUAACUACAUGAAAGCUCAUGGAUUCACCCUCAUGUCAUUUCUCUCAUCCAUGUUAACCUCCAUACAAUUUGUCGACAAACAACGAGACCUACAACUACAUAUUCUCCAUCCUGGGGCUGGUCACUCUCAUGCCACCAUCAUGAGAAAUUGGAUUCUCGGAAGUGCUGAAGAAAUUUAUAAGGAAGAGUUGGAAAUACUCAUGGAAAAGGAGAAUGGACUGUACAUGAAUGCCUCAAAACUCCACCUGGCACAGCUUGAGCAAGCGAAAAUCAGCAUACUGAUGCCGUUAUUUAAGUCUAAGGCACCAGCACUCUGGGUGUUGUUCCAACAGCUCCUUGUGUUGGAAAGUAAGCCAUCAGUGGGACAACCGGCGAAGGUCGCAUAUUUGAGUGUAGAGAUGGGUGCCGGGAGAGAUGAGGGAAAUUAUGGGGAUCAUGUUAGUGUGGGGACACAGUCAAAGGGGAACUAUCAGGAGCUAAAUCACGCUCUGCUCAAAGUUAAAGGAGUUGUGAUUAUGUCUAUAAUCAUGAACAGUUCCAACAACCACUGUAAUGCACUUCAAGUGAAAAACUCGUUCUACUUGGCUGCCUCGAAUGCCUCGAAAUCAGUUUGUCAAUGGGCCACGCAUGCUGGACUUGCAGUUUCCCUGUCUUCAGCCAACAACCUUCGAGCAUCGCUGAUCAGAAACCAAAGGAUAUUGAAUAAAGGCCUGGGACAUACUCGAAUUGUCAACCUUGCAUAUGACAAUUGCAACUUCAAGUUCAGUGUUGGCCAGCCAACAGAUCUCAAAGACCACACAUUUGAGAGCAUUACAACCGGACUGUUCUUUGCACCACCGAAGGAAGUGCUUCCUGAGCACUUAGAAUAUGCAGAAAGAAUAUGGGACACUCACCCAAAUAACCCCAAUGCUGUUAAUGUCCAAUGUCCAAUGUCCUAUUUCGAUAUUCUGCCAAUGGGUGAAGCUACAUUCAAGCUCGCAGAACAUUGUCAAUGGCAUGUCACAUCAGUAUUCAUCGAAAGAUACUUCCCUGAACUACGAUCCCAUCUCAUUGACCCCCCAUCAACAUUCCAAUUGCCAACCCACCGAACAUUGUACUCGACAGCGGAGGCAGUGUAUGCGAAAGCGUCCACCAUCAAUGGGAAUAUCGAUGCAAUUAUGUCGUUGCUUGAACAAAGCAGCAUAGUAAAUGCAGGGACUUUCGAGAAGUAUGCCAUUCUUGUUCAUGGGGAUCUUGGUACAGUCGAAAAGAUCGAGGCGAUUUUGCAUUCACGGUGGAUUGAAGAGAGUACACUCAAACGCAUGCACUAUCUUGUGCCUAUAUACCAGGACUCUUUCAUCGACCCAAAUGGGCUCUAUAAGCGCCUCUGCAUGCUAUUCCCAAAUGAUCAUUCCAAAUUAAACAAACCUGUCCCACCUUUUCGGAUGAUGAAUGAUGGAUUAAAUUAUGUGACCCAAUGCACAAUUCUCGAUGUGUGGGCAGAGAAUGUGGGUGGGGAUCUCGAAAAAUUCAUCACCUCCAAGCCAAGCUUGGAAGAGAUCAGCCAGUGUGCAUACCAAAUCACAACAGAGUAUUUUGAGACAAAACAACACACGAGGGAUUGGCUGCAGCGAAAAGAGCAAGACCAAAGGCAUAUGAACCAAGUCAUGUUCAAUAGAGAUGCGAUGUAUUAUCACAUCCUCAUGCAUGCAAUGAACUUUGGGAUGGUUGACGUUGUGAUCAACGUUCUUGCUUUCUGGAUUCCGAUCUUCCAGGGGUGUGGGAAACAUAAGUACGUGUCAUUCCUUUCCAAUUUCCUGUUCAAGUUGCAUCAGUAUCCAGCACCACUUCAAGAAGCGAUCAAGAGAUACUGGCUCUGUAAUCCUUUGGGGAAAGAGGGCGGCUUUCAGGCGAUUGACUGGUUGGUUGAAUUGAUGAAUCUCUACAUAAAGGUCGUCUAUUCAGGAACAGGGUCUGGGAAAACAAUUGAGUAUAUCAUUAGUCAAUCAUCAAUAAUUCAAUCAUAUAGAGAUUGCAUUGAAGACGUGGAGGCAGAUUACCACUUACCUGAGAAAACGCUUCAUCAUGUGAGCCCCAACAUAGGUUCCAGAUUGGUCACUAUACAAAAUGAUCUUCGUAACCUUCGUCCUCACAAGUACGAGAAAGGACAAACCUCCCCUAUUCUAAUUGAAGACCAUUUCCAAAAGGGGUUACAGUUGUACCAGAAUGGCACAAUGUGGGGUCCCCUCAGUAUCAGCGAGUUGCAAUCAACGGAUUCAAUGGAUGAUGACACUUACGAAUUAGAUGCAGGUGAUUUAGCAGCUUGA